UGUGAAGAUCUAACCCAUGGUGAAUUCGUCUCCAGAACGAGGAUGAAGCGGGGCCCUCUGCAUAUCAAUAUACUGAAGAAUUGCCAUGCCAAGGGAUGAUCGCCGACUCGCAGAUACCCCCUGAGAGAUUAUCACGUGAGGAUAUAUUGCCCUGGAGAUGGAAUGUUUACCUAAUAAGGUACGCAGCACAACCGUGCAGGACGAUACAUUGUCACAUUUCUGGCUUUAAAACCGUAAUUUUUGAAAUCUUUCACUGCCUCGUAAGUUGCAACAUUCUGUUACAGUCCAUCCGGCAAGCGUUUCGCCCGGACAAAUUGUGCACUUGUAAUUCAUCACGAUCUGCCCUUCAGGAGUUGUUGACACGCUCUGAAACGUCGCAUUGCAAGAACGCUGUUGCAGGUUACUGCCGCAUAUUUCAUCGCCGGCACUCACAAGCUUUCCAACAAAAGUUUUAUCUCUCGCCCUUUCCAGAUUGUGAAGUUGAACUAGACCAAGUUGCACAUAAAUUUGAGAUAAGAGAAGAGUGGACGCUGAUUACUACACUUGGAGCCGGACUUCUUCCCCAGCGCCCCUAUUCUUACAUCAAAGACAAGAAGAUGUCGAACAUUCAUUCACGACAGGAUUUUAAUGAUGGCCCCGUCGAUGAUGAUGGGUUCAUUGUCGAUGACGGAGAUUCGUUUUGGUACACCCGAGUAAGAUGCUCUUCAGAACCAAGACUCCCAGUCACUGACAUCUGUGUAGACAGGCCAUAUCGUCAGAUGGUCGAUCUUCUUCGGCUUAUUCUUCCUCUUCCUUCUGUUCCUCAUCCUCGGAUACUGGCACGCAAAAAGGAGGAUUAGAAAAGGCCUUCCACCCUUGAGAUAUCAUCGAGUAAGGCACCUCCGCUUGGCAGACGAGGCAAGAUGACAAUUAACAAUGUGGUAGUGGCUUCUCAAUAGACACC